UGUUUGGGCAGACCCCAAGGCUAGCCCGAGGUAUUUAUAGGCGCCAAUGAGCCAGACCAGACAGCAGUUUAGAUUGGAACAGCAAAAUGGUUGGAUAUUUUGUUGUGGUCGCUCUACUCUGCCUUUCUGCGACCACCUGCCGGGUGGCGGGAGAGGCGGGGCGGCUGAGGUUUCCUCGACCUGCGAGGGUAAAAUCAUUUCCAUUGAUACUGCAGAGACAGGAUGAUGCGGCGCCAUAUCCACCGGCGGGUCCCGUGCCCAAUCCACCGUUCGAGCUGCCCACAGAGGAGGCUGCCGUGUUUCCCGAACCUGAUGAUACCUAUGGACCGCCAGCAGAUGUGUAUGGACCGCCAGUUGAGGUCUAUGGACCCCCAGCUGAAGUGUAUGGACCGCCAGUUGAGGUCUAUGGACCCCCAUCUGAAGUGUAUGGCCCACCAGAUCAGGCAGCCAAUGAUGACAGCACCAACAGCUUGCCCCAGAGUGCAGCCAUCAUAAAUCUGGCCAGCCUGCCUUUACCGCCUCAGGCUCAGUUCGUUCUGCCUUUACUGAACCGAUUGGCAGCCUUUCGACCGCAACGCCCCGUCCUGCUGACUCCACAACGUCGACCGGCCAAGCUGACAGCGCGCCCAGUUCCACAGAGGAAGCCUGCCAAAAUUGUCAAUGGCAUCCAGGGACACGCGGUUUUUCCAUCGCUACAGCUGGCCCUGCCCUUUGUGGACCGGAGCAUUCCCUUCCGGCCACGUCCUGCGCGCUUGAUUGUUAACGCUCCACUCAGGAGGCCAGUCAGGGAUGAGCACGCAUUAUCACAAUUCUGACCGAAAGCAGAAUGCUCCAAUGAUCCCAGAUACAUCUGAC